UUCUCAGCUACGCUACUUGAAUCUCCCGGUAGAGAUUGAUUAUAAAUGCAUUCGACUCCAAGUCUCCAACUCGAAGUGGUCGGUCUGGUCGCUCUCUUCAACUCUUCUGUAACUUCUACAAGACUACGACGCUGCUGCUGCUGCUGCUGCUGCUGCUGCAACCUUACAUUCUCCCGAACUACAGAACUUUAAAAUCGGUGGGGAUGCAGAUUAUGAUAGGGGUCGUUAUCGGCGAGCUAGUUCAUGCUAGAAUCGGAUAAUUAGGGUUUGCUCGUGGAGGUGAUGGGGAAAGGGCAUGUGGUUAUUGUUUCUUCGUCUGACGAUGAGGAUGGAGCUCGUUCAAGAAGCGCGAAGUGGUGCUCUUCAAAGUCGAAAUCAUUGCAGUCUGUUUCUCAUAGAAAUUCCAGAAGUUCUAAGAGGGCCCGACUUUCAGGUUCUGGUUCACGAUUAUUUACCGAAUCCCGUGGAGGAGAAGAGGUUAGUUUUGAUGCACUUUAUGACGACUUUCACGAAGGCCUUCAAGGCUUUACUGUUGUCAGUGGUGCUGAAAAUAGAAACACAAACAAGCUAUGGGUGGACAAAUAUAGACCUCUAUCCUUGUCAGAGCUUUCUGUUCACAGAAAAAAGGUUGAAGUAGUAAAAAUGUGGCUGGAGGAGCGGUUGAGAUACUAUACUACUGUAAGGAGAAUGCCAGGGGACAAAGUGUGUAACUGUGUUCUUUUGAUUACUGGACAAGCUGGAAUAGGAAAAUCUGCAACUAUCCAUGCAAUUGCAGCUCAUCUUGGAGCAAGAUUAUGCGAAUGGAAUACCCCUACACCUACUCUUUGGCAAGAAUACAUGCAUAAUGUCAAUUCAGGGGUCCGGUACAUGUCAAAGUUGGAUGAAUUUGAAUCUUUUGUUGAGAGAGUAAGAAAGUAUCCAUUGCUGCCACUAUCCUUAACGGGUGCAUCAGAAAAACCAGUUAUACUCUUAAUUGAUGAUCUGCCCCUGAUGAAUGGAAGAGUUGCUUACAAGAGACUUUGCAACUGCUUGUUUGUUCUUGCUCGAUCAACUCAGAUUCCAACUGUUAUAUUGAUCACUGAGUAUGCUAAAGUCGAAUCUGGUGACAAUACAACACUCGAUUGGGAGGAACUCCAGUCAUCUCUGGAGAGUGCUGGGGCUUCUAAGAUAACCUUUAACCCUGUUACCGUAAAUUCAAUCAAGAAGAUUCUUUCACGAAUAUGCAAGGAAGAGCAGUGCAAUGUGACUGUUGAGCAGAUAGAUCAGAUAGCAAGAUCCAGUGGAGGUGACAUCAGACAUGCAAUUACAUCCUUACAGUACUUCUGCCUAAGACCAGGCCUGAUGCAUUCUUUUCCUUUAUCCACUCUGUCUACCAGUCAUUCAAAGGAAAAGUUGGAGUUUGGUCCAUUGGAUGAUGGAUUUUCUUUACUACGUGGCAGAGAUGAGACACUUUCUCUAUUUCAUGCCUUGGGAAAGUUUCUUCACAAUAAGAGAGAAGCUGUAGAGGGCACUGGCUUUGGACAAGAUCACUUUCUUCUAAAGGAGAAAUUAGUGAGGCUACCAUGGAAAAUGGAUGCUCCAGAGAAGGUCCUUUCUCAAGCACAUGGAAAAGCAAGGCUAAUAGCUGAUUUCUUACAUGAAAAUGUUCUGGAUUUUAUAAGUGAUGAAGCAGUAGAAGAUGCAUGGGCUGUGGCUUCUUAUUUAAGUGAUGCAGACUGCCUUCUUUCUACUCAUCUGUCUGGGGCUACUUCGCCUCAAGUGAUAACUAGCAAAUACGAGUUGGAAAACAUUGCACAAUUAGCUGCUGCAUCGGUUGCUGUACGUGGUGUGCUAUUUGGAAAUUCACAUCCCUCACCUUCCAGGUGGCACUCUAUUCGAAGCCCAAAGCUUUGGCAGGUUGAACAAUCAUCAAAACGCAAUAAGACCUUGUUUGCACGAAAUAGGUUUGAAGCUUGCAGUAGCUUGAACUCUUACACCAUGUCUGUAACGGCUACUGAGUUAACACCUGCGCUAAAGUGGGUUGGUCUGAAAGCAUCAGAGGGUCAAGUUACACAGGAAUUUUUUAUGAGCAGCAAGAUGGAAAUUGACGGUUCUGAUUGGGAAAGUUCGGAUGAUCUGGACACUGAGGCUAUGGGAGAAGAUGACAACGAUGAAAUAGAAGAAUGGUAAGACGUGGUAUUUGGAAAUAGGUUGAGAAACAAGGGAGUCUGGAGGUGGCUCUCUUUGUGUAAUUAAAUUGUAAUUACUGUCAUAAUUUCGCAUCGUCCUGUUCUCUAAGCUAUAAUCUGAAUUUAUAAAUUUCUAGUUAUUUUGCUAUC